AUGCCCCCAACGUUGGCAACCCCGUCUUGCGGUUCAAGAAAACUUGACAUCCUGGGUGGAAAGGCAACAUGUCGACCAUCACUCUGCAUUCCGCACUGCCAGUGCGGCACUAAGCAAAGCAUGCCAAGGUCGAGCGAGAGAGAGCAGUUCAUCAUGGAGAUAAUCGACCUCCAAGCAGUCCUGAUACUAGAAGAGGAGGACGACGAAGACCUCGGCUUUGGCACCCUGGGGCCCGGAUUGUUGGAAAUCUCCGAAGAGACUCCUACUGAAGAGCUAGCAGAAUUGCUUCAGCUAGUCGUUGGCCAUCGACUCCUUGUACCAAGAGAGCGACUCCCCUUAAGCAUUGAUUUCGCGUACAACGUCUUCCGUUGGCUUCCUGAUGAGGACUUCAAGCAGCAGACAAGGACUACGCGCAGCACAUUCUCCAAGAUCCUCGCGGCGAUUGAGAAUAACAACUUUUUUUUAGCAACUUAAGCAACAAUUCUCAAGCUCCUGUGUGGCUACAACUCGCGGUUGCACUUGACAGACUAGGAGCUAACGGGAAUGGAGCCUCUCUCGGUCGCACAAGAAAGUUGUGGGGGCUUGGAAAAGGAACUGUCGCUCUUUACACAUCCCGAGUCAUUAUUGCCCUCAACGAUCUUCGUGACGGGUUCGUAGUGUGGCAAGAUGCA